AUGUCGACCACCGAAGAAUACAGGCGCAGAGGAUACAAUGGCGAACGAGAGCCCGACCUCGAAAAGCAAGAACAACAACAGCGGCAAACACCCCAACAGCAACAGCCGCAACGGGAGCAACAGACCAAUGGCAACAAUCAACCAGACCAGCAGCAGAACCCCCUACCCAACCCUCCCGAAAGCGCCAGUUUCAGGGACAGGAUUGCACACUUUACAUGGCCAUGGUUCGCGUGUACAAUGUCCACCGGAGCAAUGGCGGUGGUGAUAGCCAACACGCCAAACAAGUUCAACGGCAUCCAGACGAUCGGUACCAUCUUCUUCAUCCUGGACCUGGUCCUCUUCGUUACAUUCACCUUUUUCAUGAGCCUGCGAGCUUUCUGGUAUCCUCGAAGGUUUUUGGCCUCGUUGCACCACCCCACUGAGGGACUGUUCUUCGGGGCCUACUGGGUCUCGGUGGCGCUCAUACUGAACGCCACGCAGUCCUAUGGUGUCCCGAACUGCGGUCCAUGGCUGGUCAGUGCACUGAGGGUCUUGUUCUGGGUGUACUGCGCCGUCGUGUUGCUUGUCGGCGUUGGGCAAUACUAUGUGCUUUUCCAGAAAGAGCGCUUGAAGAUUACGGAUGCGAUCCCGGCAUGGAUUUUCCCAAUAUAUCCACUACUCGUGGUCGGAACCCUGGCCGGAACGAUGAUUCCUUCUCAGCCGGAGGCCUCUCAGUUCCGGAUGUGGAUCGCUGGUGUGGCGUUGCAGGGGCUGUCUUGGACAGUCGCCCUGAUGAUGUACACCUUGUACACUCAAAGAUUGAUGACGAGCGCACUGCCGGCGCCGCCGACACGGCCUGGGAUGUACGUCUCGGUGGGCCCGGCAGGCUACACCAGCGCCGGGCUCAUCUCUCUCGGGACGCACGCCUCCAGUGUGCUGCCCGAGGACACGUUCAACGUCGGUAAUCUUCCAGAUGGCGAUAUUAUUCGGGUGGUAGGCAUAGUCAGUGGCCUCUUUAUCAUAAUAUUCGCCUUUUGGUUCUUCUGCAUAACAACCAUCGCCGUCAUAGCUGGAAGUCGAGAGAUGCACUUUACGCUUAACUGGUGGGCUUUCAUCUUUCCAAACGCCGGUCUCACACUUGCAACCAUUCAGGUUGGUUCCGCAUUGUCUAGCCCUGCUAUUAACGGUAUAGCAAGUGCUGAGACUAUCAUCCUUGUGGUUUUCUGGCUGCUCACUGCGGGCUUUAAUAUACGUGCAGUGUGGCAAGGAAAGGUCAUGUGGCCUGGGAAGGACGAUGACAAAGAUAUGUGGAAUCUGGGCUGGGGGAAGUUGAGUGCCUAG